GCCCAGCGUCGGCCCUCGAGGCGGCGGCCGGGCGCGCGCCCCCCGCCCGUGCGUGCGCGCCCCGUGGGGCCCUGCGUGCGCGCGCCUGCGCGGGGCCGCGCGUGAACUUGGGCCGGACGGGCCGGCUGCCGGCUGCGCGCAGACCUGGCCGCGCGGCCCGAUGCGCCGCUCCCCGCCGGGAGAAGCAGGAAGUUGGACGGGACACACGGUGCGUUAAGGAGCCUCCAAGGUGGCCCCGGACGACGUGGGAGGCCGGACCCUCCCGCGGCCGGUGCGCGGGGACCGCACGCACCGGAGGGCGCGGACAGGAGGCUCUGAAGAGCCGCUGGCGAUGGAUCGCUCGCCUGUGACCCGGAAGUGCAGCCGGGAGGGUUAGCGCAGACCGCGGUGCCCGCCUGCCGAGCCUGAUGUUCUGGAGCCCCAGGGCCUGGCGGUGCGGACGGAGGGGCCGGCCCGACCAUGGUCACGCUCAUCACCGAGAAGCUGCAGAACCAGAGCCUGGACGACCUCGCGCACCCGAGCUGCGAUGCCGGCCCGUGUUCGGCCGAGACACGGAGCAGCGGACGUGGCCGCGUGUUCCCUUUUGAGACCAACGGAGACAGGCGCCCCUGGAAGGCCCUGAGUGGAGGGUGGCCCCUCAGGAGCCAGGCGGCCGCAGGCCCCGCCCUCGCCUUCCCGCCGGGCCCCUGCGGGGUGAGUGCGGUCAGCGCCGUGGACCUCAGGGAGAGCUCGGGGCCGCCCCUGGCCCCGCCCAGCAAGCGCCACUGCCGCUCCCUGUCGGAGCCGGACGAGCUGGCCCGCUGCCGGUCCCCCUGGCGCCCCGGGGGCUCCAAGGUCUGGACGGCUGUCUCCAAGAGGCGCUGCCACAGCGGCGGGAGCACCGGGCUGCCCGGGAGCGCCCUGCCGGCCGCGGGCCCCAGCUCCCCGCCCACGCCCCGGCCGGCCUCCGCCAGUGGCGGCUGUGUGGACGGCGGGCGCGGCUCCGGGCCGCCCCGGGGUCCUCCGGAGCCCAGCCUGUCCUCCCGGCGCCGCCUGUCCCUGUCGCAGGAGCACCUGCUGGACGCAGACACCACGUCGUCCGCACCCGAGCUGGGCUGGCGGCUGGGCCUGCUCCGGAGCCGCUCGCAGCCCUGUGUGCUCGUCGGGGGCAAGAGCCGCCUGAAGCGCCCGCGGGAGGAGGACCCUCGGGGGCCGCGCCCGUCCCUGGACUUCCUGAAGAUGACCCGGACGCUGAAGAACUCAAAAAGCCUUGGCUCCCUCGACUGCGAAGGUGAGGAUGAGGAUGAGGCCAGAGCGAAGACGGCCGCGUCCUCCCCACGGGCCCCGCACGGCCUCGUGGGGCUGGUCACCCCCGCCUCCAGCCCCCUGGGCGCCGGCCCCAGGCCCCGGCCGGCCAGCCCCAGCCUGUGGGCCUCCCGGGAGGGCGGGAGCGGCGGGGCCCCGGGGGACUGGGACGGCGCCGGCGAGGAGGGCGUGUCCCCGCUGGGCCCCGGCGAGCUGGACCUGGAGCAGAUCGAGAACAACUGACCGCGGCAGGGGCCUGGGGAGACGGGGAGCGGGUCCCGUAGUUCGAACGUUGGGGUUGUUCUGAUCAGUCUUUCCUAAAGGAGUAUUUUGCAUUAUUCUGGCUUUUACAGUUCUGGAGAAAGGUCUCUAUUUUGAAAUGCAUUUUCAGAGGGCAUUCUGUUACCCGGGUUCUGGGUACACACCCAGGGCAGGCUGGUUCCUCGGUAAACGCCUGCGGUGAAGGGCGCUGUGCGUCCUGUGGUUACGAAGCCUGGGCGCUGCUUGGGGCAGGACCCACGCUCUGCGGCCUGACUCCUGGCCGGCGUGGGACACGGUCCUGGCGCACCUGGUCUGUGACUUCAAUAAAAGACGUUUGCUUUGCA